UUUCCUCUACAAGCAGGCCUCUGCCUCCGCUGGUCGUCCUGCAGUCGUCCGGCGGGUGGAGUCUGGCCGCGGUCAGCGAGACAAAGGCGGAGGGAUGACGGACGGGGGAAGCCGCGCUGCGUCGGCGCCGGGUGUACGACGACUGAAGGUUCCCGUGACGGCCAGCUGCUGAGUCCCCGGAUCUGCGCCGUGCGAGGGAGCCACCUGUGUUUUUGUUACAUUGUUUACUUCUCUGUCAUCCGCGGGGGAUCUGCCCUCUGUACACGCCAGAAGACAUCUGCAACAAGGGUUGGACUCCCCCCCACCACCACCAGCUUCUCUUCACUAGACCCUGAGCUUGGCCCAGUGUUCAUCACACCGAUAGAAAUCCAAGGAUGAUGCCCUAAGGAGGGCGCAGCGUCAAGAUGCUUGGUGGUUUUUCUAUUGAUUUUUCAGGAAGCGUCUGGAGAAGCCCUAUUCUCUGGUGAUCUCAGGGAUGGCUUGUUUGUGAUAAACCCCCCCCACCCGGGGUGGGUCACUUGGGUCCGGACCGUGGAGACCUGUACUUGCAGGAAGUGCAAAAAUCAGUCGCUUGAACUAUAAAAGGAAAGACUCCAGGAUGGAGCUCUUCUUCAACCCCUUUGAUAAUCUGCUGUGCAUCCUGCUGGGCAUCUCCUUCACCGUGUGGUUCACCCUGCUCCUGGUGUUCAUCAUCGUCCCGGCCAUCUUCGGCGUGUCGUUCGGCAUCAGGCGACUGUAUAUGAAGACGCUGCUGAAGAUCUUCGAGUGGGCCACGCUCAGGCUAGAGAGGGGAGCCAAAGAGAAAAAUCACCACCUGUACAAACCGUACUCAAACGCUAUAAUCGCGAGGGAGCCCACCACCUCCUUGGAGGAGGAGAUCAAGGAGAUCCGGCGGAGCGGCAGCAACAAAGACCUGGACUCCGCCUCGGAGUUCGAGAUGUCCGACAUCUUCUACUUCGCCCGCCGUGGGGUGGAGAGCAUCAUGGACGACGAGGUGACCAAGCGCUUCUCCGCCGAAGAGCUGGAGUCCUGGAACCUGCUGACUCGCAGCAACUACAACUUUCACUACAUCAGCCUGAGGCUGACCGUCCUCUGGGGGCUGGGCCUCCUGAUCCGCUACGGCAUCCUGCUGCCUCUCAGGGUAACCCUCGCCUUCACCGGUGUGGGCCUGCUCGUCUUCCUCACCUCUCUGAUUGGGCUCCUGCCAAAUGGAAGGAUGAAGAGCUUCCUCAGUGAGAAAGUGCAUCUGAUGUGCUACAGAAUAUGUGUCAGAGCUCUGACUGCUAUCAUAACCUAUCAUGACAGUGAGAAUAAACCCAAAAAUGGAGGCAUCUGUGUCGCUAACCACACUUCCCCGAUCGAUGUCAUCAUCCUGGCCAGCGACGGCUGCUACGCUAUGGUUGGCCAAAUCCACGGGGGAUUGAUGGGUGUUAUCCAGCGGUCCAUGGUCAAGGCCUGCCCUCAUGUCUGGUUCGAGCGCUCGGAAGUGAAAGACCGACACCUAGUGGCCAAACGGUUGAGUGACCACGUCCAAGACAAAACUAAGCUGCCUAUUCUCAUUUUCCCAGAGGGCACCUGCAUAAACAACACAUCAGUCAUGAUGUUCAAGAAGGGCAGUUUUGAUAUCGGCGCCACCGUCUACCCUGUGGCCAUUAAGUACGAUCCGCGGUUCGGAGAUGCCUUCUGGAAUAGCAGCAAGUUUGGAAUGGUCAACUACCUUCUACGUAUGAUGAGCAGCUGGGCCAUCGUCUGCAGCGUGUGGUACCUUCCUCCCAUGUCCAGAGAGGAGGGAGAGGACGCCGUACAGUUUGCCAAUCGUGUAAAAGCAGCCAUAGCCAGGAAGGGCGGACUGGUUGACCUCCUGUGGGACGGAGGUUUAAAGCGGGAGAAGGUAAAGGAUACCUUUAAAGAAGAGCAGCAAAAGCUGUAUAGCAAAAUGCUUGUAGGCACGCAAGAGGACCGCAGCCGCUCCUGAGGGGCCUUCACGGAGGUGGACUGACUCUGAGACUGCUCCGGGCAAAGCGGGCAGACCCCAGUGAUCCCUGACGGGUGGAAGAGCUGGACUGGAUUCUUCCCUCCUUGAUGUCAGCAGCGCUCCAUUCGGCUUCUUCAGUCACUGCCCAAGUCUGGCAUGUUAAGUUGUAUCACUGUUGGGUGGGUGGGGGUAUUUGGCGCCCCCUGUUGGACUAGCUUGAUAAAAGCCUCGCUAGCUAGAAGGUGGCGGCGGCGCGGCGUGAAGGGAAAGCCCUUCCUCUGUGGCUAUAUUUUACGAGGAAACAAAUGGUCAUCUAUAUUUGAUUUCUGUCUAUGUUUUGUCAAAACGUACUGAUUUUUUUUUUUUAAAGCUUUUUGUGUCACCUUGAGUUGAAGUUACAGAGGGAAUUACACUUGGAAUGUAGGAAAGAGAUAAUGUAGAUGAAAUCCAGCUUGUUCUAAUCCUGAAACCCGAGGGUGGGUUGUUGUUGUUGUUUCUCCUUUUCACGAGUGGCUAGUACCUCCACUGUAGGGCAAAAUGCCAAACUUUGUUACAUUUCAGAUAUUUUUAUGCGCUUCUUCCAGGAGGAAAACAUUCUAAUCUUGUACGUGAAGAUUAUUAUUUUAUUUUUUUUAAAUCCAAGUUGUAUCCACGCGUGGUUUUAUUCGGCGCUGCAUUGCAGAAAAGCUCCUCGUUUAUGUGUUUUCCAUGGAACGUGAGAGACCUCACAAUAUGAAGUGGAAAACCGUGCACCUACAGUUGCCCUUAUGCAGGUGUAUUGAUUUUUUUUUUUAAAUAUAAGGCAGAUACUCCUCUUCAAGUCAAUGCUGCAGCUUAACUGGAGUAAAGGAGCGCACAGUCUUUUCGUCAAGCAUUUGAGUUUAUAGUUGUGCCUUAAAGGCUCACGGCAUCGAAGUAACUGCACAGGAUCAAAAUACCCAUGACAGAAAGCUGUAAGCUACAGUCAGCUGAUUCAUAGUUAAACGCACGUUUCAACCUGACCGGGUUUUGUGCCGUUUCUGUAUUACCUCAUUUAUUUCAAGCAAAAGCUUUUGUCUUUAUUUUUUUUCUCUAAAUAUAGACCUUUUUUUUGUGCUAUUCUUUCCUCCUUCUUGGCAACCUCGUGGAGGUCUCUAGCUGUAGUUGGAGCUUUGCAUUAGGCUGGGAGGCGGCGCCACAGGCACGGUCUCUCCCAGAAACAUUGGUCUUGUUAGUUUGACGUUAUCAGGGACGGUCAUUUAGAUCCUGUCAAAUCAGUUCAUGGAAAUAAAUAUUUAAGAAUGGGA